CUGGAUUUGUUGACGAUAUAAGACUUUACCUUCGAGUAGCCAAUCGAAUACGGAUGCGUAUUGGUAAACAAUUUAAUAUCUCUUUAGAUGCGUCAACGCCAAAGAUUUCACAAAGUCAUGAGAUUAUGUAUGUUCAGGAUUUGGUUGAUACUAAUGAAAUCAAAUCAGCAGACUAUGACGAGAAUAUUUUUCGGUAUACAACAUUAAAUUUACAAUAUUGGUUACGUCUUGUACGAAUAAUACAAAAUGGACAUUGUGGAUCAGAUAUAUGGCAAUAUAAAACAAAAGAUGGACAAAAACUUAGUAAAGCAGUUUUAGAACAUUUCAAACAUUAUAAGGAUAGAAUGCAUGAUGGCGUUAUUGUAAAUUUAGCACAUAUGGCAAAGAGUGCACUCAAUGCUAGUGAAAUCAAAGGAUAUACAUGUCAAACUCGAGAUGAAGAUUAUUAUUCCAAAUACUUUAAAAAAAUUGAUGAAAUAACAAACAAAAUUAUUCUGGAUGGCGAAACAAACGAAGAAGAAUUGAAUACAAUAAUUGGUAUAGGAGAUGAAGCUAGACGAAGAGACAUACCACCUUUUUGGAU